UGAGACAAAUGCGCAAACUGCCUUGGCAUGACCACGAAGUGAAAGAUUACGUGAUAUGCUGUAUGAUCAACAUCUGGAAUGUAAAAUAUAAUAGCAUUCACUGUGUAGCCAAUCUUCUCGCCGGACUGGUCCUUUAUCAAGAGGAUGUUGGAAUUCACGUGGUGGACGGAGUUCUAGAGGAUAUCCGAUUAGGAAUGGAGGUUAACCAGCCAAAAUUUAAUCAGCGGAGGAUCAGCAGCGCUAAGUUCCUUGGCGAGCUGUACAAUUACAGAAUGGUAGAGUCGGCGGUAAUAUUUCGAACUCUGUACUCAUUCACCUCGUUUGGGAUCAACUCGGAUGGCACACCGAGUCUCCUUGAUCCUCCAGAGCAUCUUUUCCGAAUUAGACUGGUCUGCACCAUCCUUGACACCUGCGGGCAGUAUUUUGACAGGGGGUCUAGCAAGCGAAAACUCGAUUGCUUCUUGGUCUACUUUCAGAGGUAUGUUUGGUGGAAGAAAAGCCUGGAUGUAUGGACAAAGGAUCACCUGUUCCCUAUAGACAUUGACUAUAUGAUCAGUGAUACAUUAGAACUGCUGAGACCCAAAAUAAAACUCUGCAAUUCUCUGGACGAAUCUGUUAGGCAGGUACAAGAGCUGGAAAGGGAAUUCUUAAUCAAACUAGGUCUUAUGAAUGACAAAGACUCUAAGGAUUCCAUGACUGAAGGAGAGAACCUGGAGGAGGAUGAGGACGAAGAGGAAGGUGGAGUAGAGAUUGAAGAACAAUCUGGAAAUGAAAGUGAAAUAAAUGAAGCAGAGGAGGAG